AAUCCGAGAGCGAAGGAGGAGGAGUUGUAGAAUUAGUCGGAUCCAAGUUCGGUCGGCCCGACAGACGGUGACAAAACAGCUGCGUUUUCUUCCUCAUUCAGUCGCGUACUACUUGCCCCGCUGAGAACAGAUAAUUCGCAGCCAUGACAAAGGACCCGAAUAAGCCCAGAGGGAAGACCUCCGCAUAUGCUUUCUUCGUGGCGACCUGCCGUGAGGAGCACAAAAAGAAACACCCAGGAACCAGCGUGAACUUUGCAGAGUUCUCCAAGAAAUGUUCCGAAAGAUGGAAGACCAUGUCAGCCAAGGAGAAGGUGAAGUUUGAUGAGAUGGCCAAGACUGACAAGGUUCGAUAUGAUCGGGAGAUGAAAACCUACGUCCCUCCUAAAGGUGCCAAGAAAGGGAAGAAGAAGAAGGACCCUAAUGCCCCAAAGAGGCCACCCUCAGCAUUCUUCGUCUUCUGUUCCGACCACCGUCCCCGCAUCAAGGAAGAGAACCCUGGAAUCUCCAUCGGAGAUGUUGCCAAGAAGCUUGGCGAGUUGUGGUCCACACAAGGCUCCAAAGACAAGGCGCCAUACGAGGCUAGGGCUGCAAAGCUGAAGGAGAAAUAUGAGAAGGAUGUUGCUGCCUACAGAGCAAAAGGAGGUUCAGGGAAGAGCGAUGCUGGCAGGAAGAGCGGCCCUGGCCGGCCUCCAGCCAAGAAGGCCGAACCAGCAGACGAUGAUGAUGACGAGGAUGAAGAUGAGGAGGAGGAUGAAGACGAGGAGGAUGAUGAUGAUGAAUAACCAGUUAAAAUGUGAAAGGAUGUGAGGUUUGCCAUGCAUUGUUCAGCUUAACGUUUUCUUUUUGUGUGAAAGAAUUGCAACAAGUAGCCUGCUGUCCCUGUGGGUCUGACAGACCUGAACUCCUCUUCUGAUUCAGGGAAUUUAUUUCUCCCCUCUUGGUCCACUUAUGAUGUGUUUCUGCUGAACUCUGGUUUCUGACAUCGUAGAGCCUUGUUUGACAUUUUAAACUCAUUAAAUGGACUGAAGCUCCUUCAGUGGACAGCAGAAAGUCAGGUGUGGUUUUUGUUUUCUGGUUUAAACAUGGAUUCUGGAAGCACUGCUCAUGUUUCUGUUCUAGUGGUGUUGUUUCUUCACUGUUUUACUACCAGGAUUUGUCUGUAGCUUGAUUUUAAAAAUGUUUGCAGCCAUUUUAAAGUGGAACUUAAACUUGUAGAAUGGAAUCUUUUUGUAAUAAAAUUUUGUAUAUUGACUUAA